AUGAGAGAAGGACAGGAUCUUGCAGCAUCUCUUGGUAUUGCAUAUGCAGAAUGCAGUUCUCUGUUAAAUGACGGUGUUCAUCAAGCUCUCAACACUGCUGUUGAGUUGACCUUUUUGCCCCAAAGACAAGUUAAUUCAAGGAAAGGAUUUUUUAAGAGUAUAAGAAGAAAAUCCAAAUCAGCAAAUGAACAAGAUUCAGUUCCUCCUGUUCUUCCUCCUGCAGGUACUGUUAAUCCUGGGAGAGGCGGGGAGGGGGAAGUACUCUGAAAUGAAGGUCAUGGGGAGGUGCAAAGGAGAUUUUCGGCUUGUAAUUCACAAUUUUAUGGUUCUAAUUGUGGUAACAAUAUAUAAUAAUUGUUUUUUUGUCCAACAAAAGGGAGUCAUUGGCCAACAAUGUCGAGCCCAUUUGCAUGGGGCUUAAUGCUGAAUUUUUGUUUUUUGCAAACACUGUAAUUUUUAUUAUUUUCAUAAAGGCGUGUAGUUUUAAGCAGACACCUUUUUAAUUUGUUAGUUUUAAUAUGUCUAACUAGUGAAAUUUAUACAUGCAUAGAAUACUGCAGGUGUCUAUAGUGGAGUAAAUUUUUAUUACAUAUUGUUUUCGUAGGUUUUGCACCACAUGUUGAAGUACUUACUUCCUCAUUUGCAAGUGAGUGGCACACUAUGAUGUCUGACAGUAGCACAGCAGAUGUCACAUUUAUUUUUUCUGAUGGCCAAACAGUGGAAGCACAUAAAACUGUUCUAACUGCUGCAUCCUCCAUUUUCAAGAAUAUUUUUCUGGGUAAAGUGACUCCAAGUCAUGAAACAUAUGGUGAAAUAAUUGAGGAAAUUUCUUGGGUUUGUAACAAAGAAAACAGCUGUCCAAAUCUUAUCCACAUGAAAGAGCAUUGCCAGGGUGUAGGGAAGACAGUUAUAAGGUUGCAUGAGAGUAUUUUAAAGGGUGUUUUUAUGGAGCUAUUGACAUUCCUUUACACUGGAUCACCAGACAUUUCUGAAGAUGAAGACAUAAACUUUGUGAAAGAAAUCCAGUCUCUAGCUAAUAAAUUUCAGUUGAACUGGUUGGCAGAGUACUGCUCAAAUAUUCUCAAAGGGGAAUCAUACUUGAAUCCAAGUAUUGGCACGUGGCUUAAUGACAACACAGGAAAUGCUGCCAAGAAGCUGUUUCUCAAUAAGUCAUUACAAGCUGAUGUCAAGUUCCGUGUUGAAGGCAGUGUGGUUUAUGGACACAGAGUUAUUUUGAAAGCAAGAUCAGAGGUCAUGGCAGCCAUGUUGGGUGGAGCAUUCAUGGAGAGUGAUUUAGACUCAGAGGUAAUCAUAUUAAUACACAAAUUAUGUGGGAGUAAUACUUUGGGCCAUGUUGUCCUUGUAAACACCCUAGGAGCAAGCUGCAAUAAUUUAUAAUAAAUAGGGGUGGAUCAAGGAGUUUUUGAUUGGGGGGUCCAAACUUUGGAUCAGAAAAGACUGUUGAACUUUUUUUGUGUCAAAUUACUUCUCCCCCACAUCCCCUCUCACCAGUCGUGGUUGCAGGUUAUAGUAUUCCUUGGCCACUUACUGUGUACUUGAAUUCUUCUUGAAAAGGAUGCACCCUCGGAACAUCCUCCUCUUGUGCUUAGUAACAAAGAUUGAGUGGAGCAUAGGUGAACAGAUCAUAGGAGGGUACCCAAAAACAUUAUUACAUCUUUGAAUAUCCCUGGAAUUUAUUUUAAGUGUGCAAAAUGCAAUGUCCAUUUCAUUAAAAAAAUCAGCCAGUUAAAAAAGCCAUCAGGUGUGAUAGGGAGUCCAGACCCCCCGAACCCUCCUCCUGGAUCCACCACUGAUAAAGAGAAGCUUUAUAUGUGAAAGUCAUUUCUGUAAUUAUAUAGAUUGAUAUAAUCUAUGAAAUGCAACAUCUUAUUAAACAUGCCAAUCGUUAGAAGAGGAGUAGUGCUUAUAAGAGUUCUGACAAAAUUUGUUAGAACUCUCGUAAUUAAGCACGCCAGUUAUCAGAGGUUGUGUUGAUGGGUUGGAAUAGUUGGUCUGUGGAACUGCAAGUUUACUGAAGAUGUAAUACACUGCACAAUGACAAUAUUAAAUUGGACAUUCCUUUUACAGAUCAAAAUUGGGGACACAUCCCUCCAAAGUUUCUUGGCCUUACUGGAAUAUCUUUACACUGACCAUGCCCCGAUAGAAGAGGGUGAUUCUGUGGAAAUAAUGGUUUUAGCUGACAGAUUCUGUCUGCCAAGGCUGGUGACUUUAUGUGAGCUUUACAUCACUAAAAAAGUGGAUGCCACAAUACAAAAGAGGGUGGCUGAUGGCACGAGCGAUGUCAUAAACCUCCUACUUACAUCUCAGGUAAGAUCAGCUUUCCUUUACUUAAAACAUUUAUUUUAGAAGAUAGGCUUAUAAGUGGCUUACUCUACUUUACAGACAUGUGCCCCAAACGUACUUUACAUAUUAAGGUGCACUGAUACUUGCCAGAUGAACAAGCUACUUAAGGCUAUUUGCUCUUCAGCUGGACUUUCUGAAAUGCCCUUGAUAUUUAUUUACCAUUACAGCAACCCGUUCAUGUAUGAACCCCUUAUCAUUGUUAUCAAUCUUAUGAUUCAGCAAUUAGUUUGAUUUCCAUUUCAAAGAAGUUUGAAAACAAGUCUAUCUUCACCCUUGGAAUUGGUGUGUGUAUGUGACAGUGUAGGGAGAGGGGGGGGGGGGGGAGGAGAAGGGGGGGCUAGUCCAAAAAAAAUUAUCCUUUCGGGGGACCUGUAAUUGUCACCCCAGUUUAAGACAUGUGACUUCCUCUCCCUCUCCCUCCGGUACAAAAAAAAAUUUACCAACCCCUUGUUAGCCGUGGUGGUGUUGGGGGUGUUGGUGUUGCGGCGGUGUGUUCUUCUUGUGUUUUGUUUUUCAUUUAAAAAAAUUUUAAAAAACAGUUCUUUUUGCCCCGUGGGGAUGGGUGUGUGUGGGGGAGGGGGGGGGGGGGGGGGGGGGGGGGGAAGAGAAGGUGUGGCUAGUCCAUAAAAAAUUAUCCUUUCAGGGGAACUGUAACUGUCACUCCAGUUUAAGACAUGUGACAUCCUCUCUCUCUGCAUGCCGUACAAAAACAAAAUUACCCAACCCUUGGUUCAGGUCCAGUUAACACAUUAAGGACAAGAAUAUUACAUAAUGGCAUCAUUUUACUACAACUGCCAGUCAGAAUUCUUCAUUUUGUUGUUAAUUCUUGACAUGUAAAUUUGUGCCAGUGCUUUUUAAACCUCAUAGGGAUUGACAGAUAAUUUUAAAUAAGAAAGCAAGAACAAAAUAAUUCUGGUAGGAUUGUUGUGCUUCAUACCAGGCCAAUAUAGAAGGAUUUGAAUGGAAUCAUCAGUUCAUUUGGGGCUGAUAUCCCAACACCAAUUAUUAUAUAAUUGUGAAAUGUAGAUAAUUGUAAGUAUGUCUGUUAUUGCGGUUGUUUAGAAUAUUGUAAUUAGUUUCUUUUUAAUUAGUUCUUUGUAAUUAAAGUAAUAAAUGUCUUGAAUAAAAAAAAAAAUUAUUAUUUGAAACAACUUACUGAUUUUUGACAAUGAGGCCUUUUAAAUCUUGCUUAGUAGCCUCUAGCCUGCGAACGACAGACGUGUCUCCUCGCUCAUCGCCGCUGACGGACGUUUCACGAGGAGAAACGUCUGCGACUCAGUGACAGAAAUUCCAUACUGAUGACGUAAAUCAAUGUUUACAUAAUAAAUUCGGUAGUCAUGGGGUUCCAAAUGCAAAUUUGUUUAAUUUUACGUUUCUCCUGGUCGAUUUUGGUAAAGUGUUGUGUUUGUCUUCGAAUGAGCUCCAGCAAAACUCAAAUGCUUCUUUGAGAGAAGACUAUAUUCCACAAAUAUUGGCUGUUUUGUUAGAGAUUCAUCGCGUUUACAUUUGACCUUUGCGGCCUUUUGUCUUUGUCUGUCAUUCGUAAACAAUAGCUAAAAUAAUGAAACUGCUCUGUCGACCAAUUAGUGCUUCUGACCGGAUUCUGGACAGAUUUUGCGUCAUCAGUAUGGAAUUUCUGUCGCCGAGUCGCAGACAUUCCUCUGCGUGAAACGUCCCUCAGCGGCGAUGAGCGAGGAAAAACGUCUGCCGUUCGCAGGCUAAGUAGCCUCAGAAUAUGUUGAAACAAUUCCCAUAAUUUCACAAAUUCUAAUAUAAUUCAGUAUGACAUCAUUUUUACUAUAUUGCUGUUUCAGUACUUAUUAAGCAUUAGUGGCACGGCAUUUGAACUGACCUAAGUGUACAUUGAGCAUAAUUUCAGUGUAUGCAAACUAAAUGACUGUGAUUUGUUGUUUCAGGCUCACAAUGCAAAGCAGUUAUCCAGAUGGUGUCUCCAUUUUAUUGCUACAAAUUUCUCAGUGUUUGAGUCAACUGAAGAAUUUGAUCUUGUACAAGGAGAUAACAGAGACUAUGUCACUGAACAUCGGUGGCCACCAUUAUCCUAUCUAAAAGCACAAGAAGAAUUUGAGAAGAAAGUCAAGUCUUCUUCUAAGUUCAACUCUUCAAAGUGCAAUGUAAUGUGA